CGAGGCUUGAACUGAGUGACUGGCACACAAGGGAUUUGUAACAUGGCGCAGUUUGUCAUACAGAAGAACCCGUCACACUGGGUGUCACAUAUCACUGCCGCAGUGGUGUCACAGCCAGCUGUAAGGGACCCAGCCUCCGUGGAACGAACAAACCUGCUAAACAUGGCCAAGCUGAGCAUAAAGGGUCUCAUUGAGUCUGCACUGAGUUUUGGACGCAGCCUGGAUUCAGAUUACCCCCCUCUACAGCAGUUUUUUGUUGUUAUGGAGCAUUGCUUGAAACAUGGACUUAAAGUGAGAAAAUCUUUUCUGAGUUUUAAUAAAACAAUCUGGGGUCCUCUGGAAAUCAUAGAGAAAUUGUGUCCUGAAGCAGAAGAGAUUGCAGCAAGUGUGCGUGAUCUCCCCGGACUAAGAACACCAUUGGGACGGGCACGAGCAUGGCUCAGAUUAUCUUUGAUGCAGAAGAAAAUGGCCGAUUAUUUGCGAUGCUUAAUUAUGCGCAAGGAUGUUUUAAGUGAGUUUUAUGAAAGUCACGCUGUUAUGAUGGAAGAAGAAGGAACCAUUAUUGUCGGAUUGUUAGUUGGACUAAAUGUGAUCGAUGCAAAUCUUUGUGUCAAAGGAGAAGAUCUAGAUUCGCAAGUCGGAGUAAUCGAUUUCUCAAUUUAUUUAAAGUCAGAAGAGGAUGACCUAGACAGGGAUGGACGUAAUCUGCAGGUUGCUGCAAUCCUGGACCAGAAGAAUUAUGUGGAGGAACUAAACAGACAACUGAACGGCACAGUUAGCAGCCUUCAUGCCAGGAUUGACUCUCUGGAAAAGUCCAACACAAAACUGAUUGAAGAGUUAGCGAUCGCCAAGAACAACAUCAUUAAACUACAAGAAGAAAACCACCAACUCAGAAAUGAGAACACAGUGAUUUUGAUGAGAAUUCAACACCCUGCUGAGACAUCAGAAGACAGAGCAAUUACAGACACAGAUAUGGUCGUUGGAGUGACCAGCGUGGGGCAGUUACGAAAUGACAGAGAGACAAUGAGCCAAACCAGGAGCUUCCCGAUGUCCUUUGUGACCAGCGCAAGUGCCGCGCCGCAGUAUAAACUGAUUAAGGAUAUAUCCUUUUAGCAGUGUAAAGAGACUGUGCAACCGAGAGCCUUAUCUGCUGUACAUAUACAUGUGUAAUAAUAAAAGCAUAAAAGCACA